AGCAACGUGCGACAGCGCCUACUACACGAACGAACGACGUCGAGGGGAAAAGAACAAGAGGUGGCACCUGGUGAGGUGACGCAUCCCGAGAUAGACACACGGCAUCUGCAGCAGCAACCGAUCCAAGCAACGACAGUGUGGGUUACAGCAUUACUUCUGACCCACACACACAAGCACACAUACACUCCGGCAGAAGAAAGAUAAAUAAAGAAUAGCACCACCAGUAAAACCCUCAGUUUACAGACGACCAGACAGCGUACUCACACACACACACACACAUCUGUAGUUGGAGCCACACCAUGUACGGUGGGUACUACGGCAUGAGCCCCGGUAUGGUGGGCAACUACGGAGGCGGUCCCGUGACGCAGCAAUCACCCCAGCAACCCCUUCACAUGCAGGCCCGCCUGCGGGGUCCAAUGGGCGUUCCUCCUCCUACUCCAGGCAUGAUGAACGGCCCUGCUGUUUCUGGCGGUGGCGCAGCGGCAGCGGCUAACGCUGGCGGCGGCGUCAUCAACGGCAACACCGGCGGCGCUCUGCAUCAGAUCAGCCGCAGUCCCAGCUUCAUGAUGAUGCACAACCAAAACAACUUUGGCGGGGCGGGGCUUGGCAUGCGCAGCAAUAGCUCCUUACAGGGCGGCGGCGGUGGCGGAUACGCAGGGGUCGUCCCGCGCUUCAACAGCUUUGGCUCCGCGUCGAACCCUUUCCAGUCCGGCGGAAGCUUCUCCUCGGCCGGCGCGGGCAGCCUGCACCGCAUGAACAGCGGACUGAACUUCGACUACUACGGCAACUCGCAGAUGAGCCUUGGCGGUGGAGGCGGUGCUGGCGGUAUCCCGAUGAUGCGCAGCAACAGCGGCUACGGCAGUCUGCGGCACGACAGUUUUAUGGGCCCGGUAAAUGCCGGGCCGGCCGGUCAGCCGCAGCAGCUGAGCCGGCGGAACAGCGCGGCGGGCAGCACCUACAGCUUCGGCAGCUUUCGGCAGCCCAGUUUCUCGCAGGGUAGCGUGCAGCACGGUGCGACGGGUUUGGGGCCUAAUAUGUCGAUGAACAGCAUCGCCAGCAGGGCUUCCUCGUCGCACGACUUUGCUAGCGGUGGUGGCGGCCGUGCGGUGCCGAGAGGCGCGGACAGCAGUGCGGGAAUGUCUCCUGCCACGCUGACCCGCCAGGACAGCUCCACGUCCCUGCAGCGCAGCUACUCCAUUGCAGGCCAGUUUUACAGCCACAAUAAUAACUGCAUGGAUAGCGUGAACCCGAAUGGGGGCGCUUUUGGGGGGCCGAUGACCUGCGCUCCCCUACAGCAGCAGCAGCAGCAGCAGCAGCAGCAGCAGCAAGGUCGACGAAACCUCCCGAUGGGGAUGGUAGGCCCGAUGGGUCCGAUGGGUCCGCCGGCCGGCAUGACCAUGACGAUUAGCGGCAUUGACGGCCGAAUGAGUCAGCGGCCCGUAGGACAGGGCGUCAUGACACCGCAGGCACAGCAGAUGAUGAUGCAGCGACGUCUGGCGAACGGCAACGGCAACGGUGGUGGUGGUCUCGAGGGAGAUCCGAGUGCCGCUCCGCCGAAGGGCACCUCAGAAAACACGGUGGUAGAGGAGGGCCAGUCGAUGGUCCUCGGGCGCAAGAACAGCCUGUCAAACCUAACCCGCAAGGCGAGUGAGAAGCGGGUGGGAAUGUACUUCAAGAACAAAGACGUUGGCGAGGUGGCGGACGGCUCCACAUACAAGAAGGAAGGCGACACCGGCACCCUCGGCAAGAACAACGCCCGCGCGCGUGACCCGUCGCUGACGAACACGGUGAAGGCGUCGAUUGUGCUGGACACGUCGGCGGGCACAAACAAGGCGAUCGAGGUGGACGGGCGGACGGUGCGGGUGGAGAAGCCUGGCGCGGAGGAGGUGCAGAAGUACGACAUGCGCGACGUCAUCUUUGCGAAUCGCGCAACGGACGUGGAGCUGCUGAGCGACUCGUUAGAGGAAAUACGCGACAACUUCGUGUAUGGCUGCAACGUCGGCAUGAUCAUGGCAGAUGCGGGCAUGACGUCCGCCCGCCCCACGGAGUGGUUCACCUGGUUAGCGUUGAAGUCGGUCGUAAAAGGUACCUUCGGCAAGCUGGCUUCCACCACAUUUGAGUUCACCAUGUCCGUCUGUCUCCUCCAGGAUGAUCAGGUGAUGGACUUGCUGGCAGACGAGCCGCAGCGCUUCGUGACGCUGACGGUGGCGGAGAGCCCGCUCUUCGGUAAUGUCGCGAACGGCAUGGUGUACGUCUGUGUAGAGGAUGCCGGUGAGUUCAACGAGGUGCUCGAGUCCUCGCUCUACCGCGCCCAGCAGCAGUGCAGUGCGAUGGUCGAGGAGCACGGUAUCGUGCUCUGCACCUGUGUGCUGAAGCAGGUGAAGACCUCGCCGUCGCCGGGCAAGCCGGACGUCCUUGUCUCGUCCAUCUUCGCCAGCGGGGUGGGCGACGGCGUCAUCCACUACAACCGCAUCCUCGACAAAAACCCCGCCGAGCCCCGCGCGCUCUUCUACUCCGCCCUCCACCGCUCCGUCCACUCCACGGCCCUCUUCUCGUGCGCGGUGAGGGAUGAGGAGGUGUUUAAUUACUUAGCAACGCUGCAGCGCUUCUCCAAGACGGAGACGCGGCGGCCAAAGGUGGGCAGCACACGCGCCUUCGUCAGCUACGGCACCAGCACAAUCCCGAAAAUCCGCGAGGACCUGGAGAAGGCGAAGGAUCCGCGACAGCGCAUGAUGAUGCAGCGUCAGCUGGAGAAGCUCGAGCUGAUGGUGGCGGACGCGGAGGACAUGCUGGCCGACCCAACGGAAAGCGUGCCCAAGACGUACAUCUAA